GCUGUGUUUGAAAAAUGACAGGAGCCGAUUGGCUGGUGCUUUAUCACAGUGAUAUUUAUCACUUUUCAAGCUUAGUACAUCUGGCCCAUGGAGAGGGUCAGGCAGUGAUGCCCCAGGGCCAGUACCAAAAGGGGUCAUUCGACUUUACAGCAUGAGAUUCUGCCCCUUUGCCCAGAGAGCCAGGCUUGUCCUCUUUGCCAAGAGAAUAAAGCAUGAAAUCGUGAAUAUUAAUUUAAAGAACAAACCGGAUUGGUUUCUGGAGAAAAGCCCCCUGGGUGCGGUACCUUCUCUCGAAACCUCUGAUGGUAAAAUAAUCUAUGAAUCGGCCAUUGUGUGUGACUACCUGGAUGAAGCCUUUCCUGGCACUAAGCUGACUCCCGCAGAUCCUUACGUAAAGGCACAAGAGAAGAUUCUACUGGAGUAUUUCUCCACGAUAAUAACUCUGCUGUACAAGAUUCUGUUUGCAAAUAACAAUAAGGAGGAUACAACUGAAUUGAAGGAACAGUUUUUGGAGAAAUUCACAAAACUUGAAGAGCGGUUCGCUAAAAGGAAGACCCCUUACUUCACUGGAAAAUCUGUGUCUAUGACUGACUACAUGUUCUGGCCCUGGUUUGAGCGGUUCAAUGUUUUUGCUGUAAAAGACUAUUUGGAGAAGACCCCCUACCUCAAUGCCUGGUACAAUCUCAUGCUACAGGACCCAGCUGUGAAGUCCACCUUGACCGAACCAGAUGUUCUCGUCGCCUUCUUCAAACUCUACGCUGAGAACGACUUAGGAGCUGUUGAUUAUGGUCUUGAUUAGAUCACCAGUAUGUGAUCAAUAUACUUUGUGCCUAUUUUGAUUAAGAAGAUCAUACAAAGUUGUUUGUUGGGGUUUUUUUUAAAAUUGGAUUCCACUUAAUUCCUGAAGGUUGUAAUAUAAUAAAUAUUGUCAAGUAUUGAAACUUU